UGACAUAUGUCAUGCUGACAGCAAUCUUUUGUUGGAGUUGGAGGUUAAAAUUUAUUAUCAAAUACCAAAUAAAUGGGGGUGGCAUUUAAUGAUAUACAUUUUAAAAUAUUAAUUAUUUUUCUUAAUAUUUGAGAUAUAAACAUGACUUUUUUCUAUCAAAACCUAAAAAAUCUUAUCCUCAAGUUAAGCUAACUUGAAGUUAUAAUUAUACCAUAAUUACAAGAAUAAAAGACAGUACUAUCAGUAUCAGAUCCAAAGCCACCCUUGAUAUCAUAAAAAUGGAGAUUUCAAAACAAAAAAUGAUAUACACAACAAAAUUACAAAACUCCAUUGUCAAAUCUGAAAUAGAAGCAAAAAAAUUAUUUGGGGAAGUAUUAGUAAAUAGAGAUAAAGUUGAAAGAACAAGAAAUGCUUUGAGUAUAUUGACUAGGUUCAAAUUCUUAUUUUGCUUGCCAUCCACUAUAGUAAAAAAUAUUGAGAAAGCAGAAUAUGAUGUGGUAAUCAAUGAUUAUAUGAGGGUUAGAAAUUUAUUUGAAAAAUCCGAAGUACCAAUUUUCCAAGCUGCACUAGUUGAGAUUAAUUCACAUAUUCAGGGACUUAUAGAGAAAUUACAUGUUGAGCUGCAAACCAUGCCAAUUGCUGUAGAGCAACAAAAACGAUUAAUAAGAUACUUGAUGAAUUUAGAUUGCUCUUUUGAUCCUGCUUGGGAUGCUAUAAAAAGUAGAUCAGAUUAUAUCAAUGAAUCCAUUAAAUCUGUUUUCAAUUUUUAUAAAAGUUUGGAUAAGGGAGAUAAUGGACAGAAAACCAAAGUUAAUAAUAUAAAAUGCAAAUACAUACAACAAUCUGAUCCAGUGCCUAUGAACAUCACUUUUGCAGAAGAGAUGUGCACCACGAUAUCAGAAAAUUUUCCUGAUUUGUGGAAAAUUAGUCAAGCUUAUUUCAAUCAAGAACUUCAAACAACAAUUGAUACUACUAAAACUGAAGAUAUCAAGAACAUAGUUAUGUCAUUAAUGCAGGCAUUUUGUAGAACUAUAAGGUCAGCCAUAAUACCUCAUACAUUAGAAGCAUCAGAGCGAAACAGCCUAGGUUCCUGGUCUAACCCAGAUUUAAGAGACAUGGCCCUUUAUCUUCCAGAACUGCUUAGGUCUAUUAGAACAACAUAUGCAACACUCAUUAAGUUAGAUUUACCAAGAGAUGCCUUAGCAAUCAUUUCUACCCUUCUACUAGAUUUACGCAUUUAUUGUAUGGUUGUUUUAUUCAAACAAACAAUAAAUCAAAUAAAAUUAUUGGAUGAAGAUUGGAACUUGCUUUUUAAUAAAAAGAGAAAUGGCAUCACAAAUUUACCAGUGAAAUUCGAACAGAUAGUACAAGAUGUUAUUCAAGUUGUGAAAGAAUCUGUUUUAUCAAAUGAAAAAGGUGAUAGAUCAUUACUGAAGAACCCUGUUGCUCUUAAAGAACUACACAAACAAGUGGAAAAUGUUCUCUCUGCAUUUUACGAUUUACUCCAAGAAUUAUCCUCAAGUGGAAAUUAUAGUGAUGAUGAAGAGGAUUCCUCAACAGUAUCCCAGCUGAUUGGCACACCAAUAAAUAUGUAUAAAUAUGAAAACAAUGCAACAAAUUAUUCUCCUCCUUGGGAACACAAGUUGCUUAUUACUAUGUCAAAUUGUAUAUUCACAAGAAAUGUAGUUUUAGACAGUAUAUUUAAAGCUUUUGUGAAUAGUGGCUACCCAAAACCUGAUGAAGCUGUUCAAAAUACCAAAUAUAAAUUAAUGAAUUUGGAAAAAUUGAUUUUGGAGAAGUACUUAGAACAGAAGAGUGAUCCAAUUGUUGGAACUAUUGAACCAUCUAUGUAUUUAGGAAGAUUCGACUGGGAUUCUAAGUUUUUCCCAAAGGACAUUCAAGAAUAUGUCAAGGAAUGUAUUAAUAAUGUCAUUCAUGUACAUGCAGAAGUAAAUAGUGUAUCCCCCACAUUGUUAGAUAUGAUUCUUCCACAAAUAGUACAAACUAUAGCUGAGGAAGUAUAUAGACUAAUGUCUUGUGUAAGAAAAUUUAGCAAUCCUGGAAGUCAACAGGCUAGAAUCGAUAUUAAAGCAAUGAGAGAGUUUUUCUCCUAUUAUUGUAAUGAAACUGCAAAUUCUCAUUUCCAAGAUGCUCUAGAUCUGAUUCCAAAAUCAGAAGAAAAUGAAGAUCAAAAAAUUGAAGAAGUUUUGAAACAGGUCCGACCAAGAAUGAAAAUUCAAAUGGUGUGCCUGAAUGCCAUAAAAAAUGGGCCAGCUAAAGGAACAACAGAUUUAAUUUAGUGUAUGACAAAAAUUCAAUUAAUAGAGUUAAUUUAUGAAAUGUAUAAAAUUUUGUAAAUAUUUAGUUAUUUAAAACAAAUAUUUUGUAAUUACUUAUAUAAAGUUUGAAUUGGAAAUAUAAGGCAUUGUUGCUAAUUUAUGUUUCAUAA